AUGGAUUUAGUUUUAGAGGUUUGCGAUAGGUACGUCUUCGAUGAGGUUUACGCGAGGGUGUUGCCUGCGUCGAUCACGUCUCAUUUUUCGAACAAUGCGCAGUCACUGCUGGGGUUGAACAGGGGGUUCAGCAAUUCGACUUUCCUGGAGGAAAGCUUGCACAGUCUCAACAACUUGCCGCGGGUCAACAAGGAUGUGUACGGGUACACGCCAUAUCUGGUGGAUUUCACGCAGAGAACGUUCGAGUCGUUGCUGCCACGUUACAACAUGCUGAGAGAGUUUCUGUCGCUUUGGGCGAUCGUUACCGUUUUCGGAUGGUUGUUGUAUCUGAUUGCAGCUAGUUUGAGUUACGUGUUUGUGUUCGACAGAAGCAUCUUCAACCACCCGCGUUACUUGAAGAACCAGAUGUCGCUGGAGAUCAAGAUGGCGCUGAGUGCCAUUCCCAUCAUGUCUGUGUUGACGGUACCUUGGUUUUUGAUGGAAUUGCACGGCCAUUCCAGACUUUAUAUGGAAGUCGACUGGGAGAACCACGGAUUGCGCAAAAUAUUUGUAGAGCUGGCUUCUUUCCUUUUCUUCACGGAUUGCGGUGUUUACUUGGCUCACAGAUGGCUGCAUUGGCCACGGGUCUACAAGGCGCUUCACAAGCCACAUCACAAAUGGUUAGUUUGCACUCCUUUUGCUUCGCAUGCAUUCCACCCGGUCGACGGUUACUUGCAAUCCAUCUCAUACCACGUUUAUCCAGUCGUAAUGCCACUAAACAAAGUGUCUUAUUUGAUCUUGUUUACAUUCGUUAAUUUCUGGACAGUUAUGAUUCACGAUGGCCAACAUAUGUACAACAAUGCUGUUGUCAACGGUACGGCUUGCCACACGGUUCAUCAUCUAUAUUUCAAUUACAAUUAUGGUCAAUUUACCACUCUCUGGGAUAGACUAGGUGGCUCUUACCGUAGGCCAGAGGACGAGCUAUUUGAUCCUUCUUUGAGAUCAAAGGCUACUAUGGAAAAGCAGAUCAAAGAAUGUGAAAGAUUCAUCAAAAUGAUGGAUGAUGAAGACGAUUCUUAUAGAGUCUAUGGCACUGAGGAAAGAUUGAAGAAAGUCAACUGA